UUGAUUCUUUAUUAAACCUUUGUAGGAUACUCCAUUUCAACAAGUUAUGCAACAAUGGCAACAAAACAUGUAAUAUUACCACGAUUUCUAAGCAACGAACGCAUAAAAUCACUGUUAUCAUCUUGCAAAACCAUGCAACAAGCUCAUCAAAUCUACGCUCACAUCAUCGUAACCGGUCGCCACAACAAUCUCCAUCUCUCUACAACCCUCUUCACCUUCUACGCUUCUUCAUCUUCCUCACAAUCCUUACACCAUUCUCACACUCUCUUCACCCAAAUCACCAACCCAGAUAUCUUCCUAUGGAAUGCCAUUAUCAAAGCAUACUCACAAAUCCAUUCUCCACCUCAACAUCCUUUUUCCCUCUUCAAAACGAUGCUAAAUUCUUCAGUUUUGCCUGAUUCAUUCACUUUUCCUUUUUUAUUAAAAGCAUGUGCUAAUGUGCUGAUUAGUGCUCCCCAGUUUGGUUUUCAGGUUCAUUGUCAUGUUUUGAGAAAUGGGUUUGGUUCUGAUGUUUUUGUUAAUAAUGCUCUUUUGAAUUUUUAUUGUGGUUUUGGGGAUGUUGUUAAUGCGUAUAAGGUGUUUGACGAAAGUUUUGUUAGAGAUUGUGUUUCGUUUAAUACAAUGAUUAAUGGGUUUGCGCGGAAGGGUGAUGUAAGUGGUUGUUUUCGGGUUUUUGGAGAGAUGAGGGGGGUUUGUGUUCGGCCGGAUGAGUAUACUUUUGUUGCUUUGCUGUCAGGUUGUUCGGUUUUGGAGGAUUAUAGGAUUGGGAGGCAAGUGCAUGGGUUGGUUUAUAGGGAAUUGGGUUGUUUUGGGGGUAAUGUUUUAUUGGUGAAUAAGCUUGUUGAUAUGUAUGCGAAAUGUGGGAGGUUGGUUAUGGCUGAGACGGUUUUGAGUGUAGUGAAACCUGGGAAGAGUGUGGUUGCGGCUUGGACUUCUUUGGUGAGUGCGUAUGCCCUGCGAGGAGAAGUUAAGGUUGCUAGAAGGUUGUUUGACCAAAUGGGUGAAAGAGAUGUCGUUUCUUGGACUGCCAUGAUUAGUGGUUACUCUCAUGCUGGAUGUUUUCAAGAAGCAUUGGAAUUGUUUGUGAAAUUGGAAGGUUUGGGGAUGAAACCGGAUGAGGUUGCUGUGGUUGCUGCUCUUUCAGCGUGCGCACGGCUAGGCGCCCUUGAGUUGGGUAGAAGGAUUCACCGUCAAUAUGCUGGUGAGAAUUGGACUUGUAGUAUAAAUAGAGGGUUCACUUCUGCUGUUGUUGAUAUGUAUGCCAAAUGCGGAAGCAUUGACAUAGCUUUGGAUGUGUUCCGUAAAACAAGUGAUGAUAAGAAAACAACUUUUUUGUAUAAUUCCAUUAUCUCUGGUCUUGCUCAUCAUGGCCGUGGUGAAUAUGCUAAAAAUUUAUUUGAAGAAAUGGGGUUAUUAGGAUUGAAACCGGACAAUAUCACAUUUGUAGCAGUUUUAAGUGCUUGUGGACAUUGUGGUUUGGUUGAUUUUGGCAAGAAACUGUUUGAAUCCAUGUUUACUGUCUAUGGUGUUAGCCCUGAAAUGGAACAUUAUGGUUGUAUGGUUGACCUUCUUGGAAGGGCCGGUCAUCUAGACGAAGCGCAUCGUUUAAUUCUUAAGAUGCCAUUUAAGGCCAAUGCUGUCAUUUGGAGAGCACUGUUAAGUGCAUGUAAAGUACAUGGAGAUGUUGCGUUGGCUAGAGUUGCCAGCUAUGAGCUUGUUGAGUUGCAGCAUGACCAUGGUGCCGGUUAUGUGAUGCUAUCUAACAUGCUAUCAGACACGGAUCAGCAUGAUGAAGCUGCAAGUUUGAGAAAAGCUAUAGACAAUGUUGGCAUACAGAAGCCACCCGGUUGGAGCUAUGUGGAAAUGAAUCGAAGUCUUCACAAGUUUUUGGCAGGUGAUAAGUCUCACCCAGAAGCUAAAACCACAGAGCUGAUGCUUAGGGACAUUAACAUAUGAAUGAAAUAUAUGGGCCAUGUUAAUUAGUGCAUCAAAUCUGGUGUUUGAUAUAGACUAAUUCCAGAGAGUUUGGUUGGAAGCUUCUUGCUUUGAAGACAUUGGUCUAUCAUUGGUAUAUUGGAUAAAAUCGAAUAAGCUCUGACUAAUAAAAAGAAGAUUGUGACAUAUGAUUCGCUCUGAUCUUCCUAUGUGACUAUUGAUCCAAUAUAAAGACAUUCUUGAUUUUUCUGAAAACUCAGGGUCUUGGUGUGGAAAUUCAGGGUCAGGACACAUUAAUUGAAAAAAUGGUUGGCGAUAUAACCUUUCCAUUGGCUGUUCCUUCCAUGGAAAACCAUUACAACACUUUAUUUAGUGAUCCUGAUUUUGAGACAUGAGACAAAGAGUUUAGUCAUUUGGAACCACCAAUUGAUUUGUCCAUCGAGCAUAAGAACCGGGUUGUGUCAGAAGGCGUGUUCUUGUUUUAACAUUUGCUAGUCCCACAUUUGUAUGCUACCGUGCUUGCUGCAGUUCUCUUUCAGUAAACUGUGUAAUGAAACGAUAGAGCAAGAAAGUUAAAGAAUAAUUUCUCUCUUUACUAUACAUCUUAUGGACAUUUUCCUUCUGUUAACUUUGGACAAUUCAUAGAUAAGUCUGGUUGGUUGAUUCUUAGAACACGUCUCUUGAUUUCAAAUAAAGAUGAUUCUUAGGAGAACAAAGUGUAUACCGAAUCAGAACCUAUUGUUGAUAUGCCAUUAGGUGCCCAUCCAUCUAAAGAAAACAGUGCCAUGGAAUUUAUUGGGAACUCAGUGACAUCCAAUCAAAUUGGAUCUGCCUUUUCGGGAGAUGGAAGAAAUAAGCAAAGCCAGAAGCCCUAUAGCUGAAAAAGAUGCAGAAGAAAGUCUUUCAGGACUCAACAAGCUUGACUACAACUGUGGAUCCCAGGUUAUUGAUCUUCUUCAAACCUCCUCUGUAGUUGAAAGGAAUAAGAAAAAGAUUAUAAAAUAAAUAAUGCAAUCAUUAUUCACUACAAGAAAAUAGACAAAUAUUUGGUUGGUCCUAUGAGGUGCAUCAAACACAUGAUUGCUUGAAAACAGUCUCAAGAAGACACACAUGUCCUUAACGUUGGGAGCUCUCUAACGAACCACUGGGUGUCCGAAUUUGGUUGUCUAAUUAGAGAUACCAUAGGAUAUUUUAAGAGAGUAAUGCUAGCAGUACUCUCUUUUGAACACUCGCCUAAUACUCAUUCUUUUAUUGGUUUAAAUCAUUAUGGGUCUAUACUUUGAAAAUUGAACUCACACAAAGUGGUGGGACAUACAUUGAUUUCAUCGAAUAAAAAAGUGAGCGCUAGAGAGAGUGUUGAAAAGUGAGUGUUGUUAGCAUUCUUCGAAAAAUAUUGGCUUCUCAAACAACUUGCAUGUUGAUAUUGUAGCCUUGUGUAACAUCAUCUGCUACACUGAUUCUUGUCAAACUUGGUGCUAAAUCCAGUAGCGAGUUAGAGGUUAUGACUGAUCCCCUAGAGGAGCAUUGUUUGUUUCUCCUGGGAUACGACUUAGGGGUUGCCACUCUGCGUAGUUAGCUUUUUUUCUUUUUCUCGGUCUUUUUUCGUUUCCCUUUUGUUGUUGUUCAAGCUAAUAUAAAUUAUAUAGUAUAUGAUCAAAUAUGUAUACAAUGUUUCGUAAA